GUGCCGGGGGAGCCGUUCCGCCGCUAACGGCUCCGGCUGCGGGCGACGUGGGCGCGCGCGAGCUGCCGCCGCCGCCCUGCGGGGGGAGGGCAGGGCAGGGCGGAGCGGAGCGGAGCGCAGCCGCCCGCCCGCCGCGGCCCCACCAUGAUCAAAGCCAUCCUCAUCUUCAACAACCACGGCAAGCCGCGGCUCUCCAAGUUCUACCAGCGCUAUAGUGAAGAUACACAGCAGCAAAUUAUCCGAGAAACUUUCCAUUUAGUAUCAAAACGUGAUGAAAACGUUUGUAAUUUCCUAGAAGGAGGCUUAUUAAUAGGUGGAUCUGACAACAAACUAAUUUAUCGACACUAUGCCACCUUGUAUUUUGUCUUCUGUGUGGAUUCUUCAGAAAGUGAACUUGGCAUUUUAGACCUAAUACAGGUAUUUGUGGAAACGCUAGACAAAUGUUUUGAAAAUGUCUGUGAACUGGAUUUAAUUUUCCAUGUAGACAAGGUUCAUAAUAUUUUGGCUGAAAUGGUCAUGGGUGGAAUGGUUUUGGAGACCAACAUGAAUGAAAUUGUCACUCAAAUUGAUGCACAAAAUAAACUGGAGAAAUCUGAGGCUGGUUUAGCAGGAGCUCCAGCUCGGGCUGUUUCUGCUGUAAAGAAUAUGAAUCUGCCAGAGAUCCCAAGAAAUAUUAAUAUUGGUGACAUCAGUAUAAAAGUGCCAAACCUGCCCUCUUUUAAAUAACAUGGCUACUCCAGGUAAAAAACAAGGAAAAAUGUAAUAGAGGUUUACCACAUAAUUGUUUACUAAAUAAAUGACAUGUUUAACUUUUACUAUUUGGAUAAAACUCAAGGUACUGUAUAGAUAUCAUGUGAAGAAUCUAUGUGAAGUUGAAUGUUGCUUUUGUCUUGCUCAGUGAAAUUAAAGGAAAUGGGUAGUUCCCGUGUGAUUUCUAAAUUACAUUCCUAUGCCCUUAUUAGGCAUAUCACUGUGUCUCGGCUGCUGCAGUAUUUUGGGAAAGUAUUUAAGAUGUUCUUUACUUUGUAUAACCUAUAAUGUUGAGAUUUUUGUAUAUUCACUAAGGUCUAUAAUUAGUUCAUUCCUUAACUACUUCUGCUGUUUGUCAUAAUUAUUUAAGAUUCAAGUGCAAAUGUUGCAUGAAAACAGUAAACUUUUGUUUUGUCUGAAUAAAAUCAUUACAAACUGGACUUCUAUAUACCUGUUUCUGUAAAAUCUGUUCUUUGCAAUAAAUCACUUAUUCCUAUUGGUUGAGCCAACUGUCUGUAUAUAAGUACUAUUGUAGCAAGCAUUAAUGCUGUAUUUUGAUCUCUGAAAAAAUUGCACUAGAAUACUGUGUUGAUCGUACUGGCUCCUCACAUUUCUCACAAAAGCUAUUCGUUCUUAUUCUGAAGAAAAAAUUGCCUUUAUUGAGGAUCUGAUAACUUCUAUUUACGUAUAGAUGUUGAGAAGACGCUCGUACCAUCUGGUGGACUUCCCAUAAUGUCUGAAUUUGCUUAGGGAAGAGCGGGGACCCAAAAGGGUCUCUGCAGUUGCUUUGUAGGAAAUGCAGAAUGGGGCAGAGAAAAUUAAGCAGCUUGAAACUGUACAUAAGCGUAUUGGGUAAUGUGGGACAAAAAAGCACUCUGGAAGGUUAAAUGAUGAAACCUUAGUAGGACCUGUGUGCGUGGUGUCAUUUGAGGUCCUCUACUUUGAGAAUUAGAUUUAUGUGAUACCUAGUAUUGCUGAGGCCUCUGCUCUAAGCCUUGUCACAGCUCUAUAAGUUGCUCAUCUCUUCUUCUGUGAUUUUAAAAAAGAGGUGGGAGAAGAAAGUGAUUUUUUGUUUGUUUUUUAUAAUCAUGCUUUUAAGCUCUGUGUGGUGGUACAUGACUUUAAAAAUGAAAAAUAAAAAUACCAUUGGGAUAUUUAAGAAUUUCUUUACAUAAAAAUAGUUUUAUUCUCCAGUAAAAUAUGCAACUAUAACUAUAGAUGACAAUGCAGUAAUGUUACAUCAAAGACAUUUCAGGACUGGUCUGACAGGUCCUGUGUUGCUUUAGUAGUUCGGAUUUCGUGCAAACAAAGUGUUGUUUUUCUUUCAUUUGAAUGACAGUUAAGACAUACCACUUAAAUGAUCUGAUUCCAAGUUUAUCCUUCUUGGUUUGAUCUCUAAUAAUUGCUGUAGGUGCAUUUCUGAGAGAGGCUCUUGAAAGUCAGUGAUUAAUUUUGAAGUAGAAAAUCUAAUACAAUCCAAUAAGUUUAAAUGUAUUUUAAAAAAUGA